UCUUCGUCUUCGCUAGUGGGAAAGCAAAAUAUAAGGUGAGGCUAUGGCAUACGUAAUACCGGGUGCCGCUCGCGGAGCGGAUGCGAAGCAUCUCUGAAAUAUCAUACUACUCCUACAAAUCUUGCAUCUUGUACGCCUCUCCUCUCGUCUGGUGUCACUCCAUCUUCAGUCCAUCAAUCGGCUGCGGCAUCAAUAUAUCUUCCUAUUUCCUAUCGUGCCCAAGAACAGCCACCAUGGGCUUCAAGUUACUCCAGUGGCUGGUGUACACGCCGCUGCUCCUAACCUCCAUCAUCACCUUCUCGAUCAACACGUACCUGCUCGCCAUCCUGGCCUCGCACUCCCUCUCGCUGCCAGACUCCAUCCCGGCUGUCGAGGGCAUAUCCGGCGCCUCCAUCCUCUACACCUUUGUCACACUCGUCCUGCUAUCCAGGCUCGUAUCCGUUCCGAAAUGUGCUGCGCAGAUGAUCCUCAAUUUUGCAUUCGCCAUUUGCUGGAUAUACGUGAGCGUCACAUACAGGGCCGGCGCGAGUGGAUGCUCCGGGGACAAUGUCAACGCGGGUGUGUUGGGAAAGGGAAAAGAAGGCGACAAGGUGGACGGCGGCUCCGGCGGCUCUGUUGUCCUCCCCGAUUACGGGACGGGUUGUCGACUCCAGAGUGCCGUGCUCGCCGUGGGCAUCAUCAGCAUAUUCCUCUCACUGGGAGCCAUUGCCGUUGAGCUCUUCCUCGCUCGCCAGAUCUACCGCGAGAAGCACAGGCUUCUUCCCGUCGAUCCGGAAUCUACCAUCGAACAUGAACCUAAGGAUGAGACGGGGACCGUGACAUCAACAGCUCCCAAAGGGUUCUUUGCUCGUCUUUUCAGCAAACGACGAGCACUGCCAGCUCAAAAGAUGGAGCAAGACAACAUGCUGCCCGAGCACACCACGCCCGGUGAGCUUGUCACCAACCCACGGACCGACAGCUUCGCUCGGAGCGAGCACAUGAGCCAGGUCGGGGUGGCUCACGGAGCCCCCGAGCCGCAGAGAUAUGAACUCUACUCCGGCCAGCCACAGCAGCAAGCAUAUGCCGGAUAUCAGGGAUACUCCCAUCAACAACGAUACGACGGCGUGGACAAUGUGGAUGACCAAGUGAGCCCACAAAGUCCACAGCGAUACAACCUCCAAGAGACAUAUGGCGAUUUCGACUUUCCCACGCAGACCUAUGAGACGAGCAACCCGUACACGGGGCACAGGACGGGCGGGUACCAGCCUGCGCCGGACUAUCGAUAUGAGGACGGAAUCUAUGAACGUCGCUGAACGUGAGACAGAUGAGACAUGAUGCGGAGAUACCCGUUGGAUACAAGACAUUAUCCUACAACCAGCAUAUGCAGAUAUAGAUAAUAGUGAUU